UACCGUGGGAAAAUAUAACCCCAGUGAUUGUAAUAUAAUCCAUAGAUUUAAAGUUGUUUGGUAUUGAUUUCAUGUGAGGUAAAGCCAAACUUUCACUUUAAGAAGGCGCGUCUCUGCGGCGAGUGUGUUUACUGCGAGCCUCCAGGAGGCACAUGGAAGAAGGCAGCUGUGUGCAUCCACAACCCGCACACCUCCGGUCCCCAUACACGGUUGCUGACCGGUCAUCGGUGAAGCGCCAAGGGACGUGAGAGACAUGGAGACACCGCCGGGCAGGAGCUGCUGCGGGGAGCGCACCUUCGCCAACCGACAGUGAGGAAGUGGAGGGACGGGAUGGCAGCCUCCAGUAACUCUAGCCUAUCUGGUUCAUCCUUGUCAUCUGACCCCGAGGAUUACCAACCACCCAUAUGGAAGUCCUACUUGUACCAACUACAGCAGGAAGCCCCAAGACCGAAGAGGAUAGUAUGUCCUCAGGAGAUGGAAACCAGGCCCAAAUACUACGGCAGAGAAUUUCAUGGCAUGAUCUCUCGAGAGUAUGCAGAUGAGCUUCUGAGGUCAGCUGAGGGUUCCUACCUGAUCAGGGAGAGCCAAAGACAGCCAGGGACGCACACGUUGGCCUUAAGGUUUGGGCCUCAGACGCUCAACUACAGGUUGUUCUACGAUGGGAAACACUUUGUCGCCGAGAAGAGGUUUGAGUCGGUGCACGACCUCGUCACAGAUGCCCUCAUCACUCUCUACAUCGAGACCAAGGCGGCGGAGUACAUUGCCAGAAUGACUGCCAACCCCAUCUACGAGCACCUCGGUUACACCUCGCUGCUGAAGGACAAGAUGGUGCACAGGCUCAGCCGCGGAUGCACGGAACCUCGCAGGGUCACCUUUGUGAGGGAUGAACAGAUCUCCUCAUCUCUGGUGCGGCAGAGCGCUUUGAAAGACGCAUCAGAGAAGCAGUGCUCCUAUGAGAAGAUCCACAACUUCAAGGUACACACCUUUCGAGGGCCACACUGGUGUGAGUACUGUGCCAACUUCAUGUGGGGCCUGAUUGCCCAGGGUGUCCGCUGCUCAGAUUGCGGACUGAAUGUACACAAGCAGUGCUCAAAGCUGGUGCCCAGCGACUGCCAGCCGGACCUGCGCAGGAUAAAGAAAGUGUUCAGCUGUGACCUCACCACACUUGUCAAGGCCCACAACACCACCAGGCCCAUGGUGGUGGAUCUCUGCAUUCGAGAGAUAGAGCUCCGAGGUAUGAAAUCUGAAGGUCUGUACAGAGUGUCUGGUUUCUCCGAGCACAUCGAGGAUGUGAGACUCGCCUUUGACAGAGAUGGAGAAAAGGCUGACAUCAGUGCCAGUGCCUACGCCGAUAUCAACAUCAUUGCUGGGGCUCUGAAGCUCUACUUGAGAGACCUUCCCAUCCCAGUCAUCACCUUUGACUUGUACUCCACAUUCAUUCAGGCAGCAAAGAUUCCUAAUGCUGAAUCCAGACUGGAGGCCGUGCAUGAGGGUUUGCUGCAGCUUCCUCCAGCUCACUACGAGACUCUACGCUACCUAAUGGCUCACCUCAAGAGGGUAACAAUGUUCGAAAAGGACAACUUGAUGACUUCAGAGAACUUGGGCAUCGUCUUUGGUCCAACGCUGAUGCAGCCGCCGGAGCAGAACGCUUUGACAACCCUGAAUGACAUGAGGCAGCAGAAGCUUGUGGUGCAGCUCAUGAUAGAGCACGAAGAUGUGUUAUUCUAGUUCCCAAGAACAUACGGCACAAUCACAGACACUUUUGUCAAAGAGGAAAACUCAAGCCACCUUAAAAAGAGUAAUUAAGGAUCAAAUUGCUCUGGGGGAGCUUCUUUUCACGCAUGACUGUUUGGUUGGUUUGGUGUUGUCUUGUUUCUGUCUGUGUUGGAGUUUGACACUCUGCCAAUGCCGUCAUGUUUGAUUUAGCACAGGAUCCAAUAUGUUUACAAGCUGAAGCGCCGUUCCCUGCGCUCUAUUUGAAGACUACGCCGCUGCACAACAUCUGUGAAGGUGUAAACCGCAAGCCUCAUCUCAACAGUGAAUUUCCUCACGUGUCGUGUGUGCUUAUUGUGCGUGGUUUGUGGGAGUGUCAGCUAACCUUUACGAAAAACAUACAGAUCCCGUCAUUGCAGGUCAAAUCUGAUCUCAGCAGCGAUGGGUAUUUUGUGGUGUACAAACGCUGAAAAAAAAUUAGACAAUUGGUCAAUUCAUGAAGCACUUUUAUGAAACGUGUGUACAGAUUUGUUUUGUAAAGAUUUAUUUUUGUCUUCUUAUUCUGCAUCAUGUUGUUUUGUCACAAUAAUAUAUAUACUGUUGGGAAUGAUGCUUGUUAAACUGGUGUCUGGAUACAAAACAGUUCAGAAAAAUAAACUGAGCUACUGUUACUGCUGGUCAGAUCCGUGCUGUUUGACUGAAUGUUUUUAGAGCUAGUGUGGUUUCAGACUGCAAUCUGACAUCCCACUGAGGUCACAUCCCUGUAAUGUUGAUUAAUGAUGGCUACAAGCUACGGUUUACACUUUAUUUCUGUUACUUGUUAAAGCCAUAUUCUUGUCAUGUUUUUUUUUAUUUUGAUGCCGCUAUCUCUAAUUCAAUCUCUUGUUUCAUAGUCGAACCUCCUCACUCAUCCAGCUUUUUCUGAAGGUGUGGCCUGCAGGGUGGAAUUUUGAUAUGAGUGUGGCUUUCUGUGCAAACAUGUUUGACAACUAUGUCUAUUUUAGCAGUCUGCCUGUGCUUGUUGCCUAAUUCAAUAAGCGAUACUUGAUUUGACAUUCCACUGAGCCACUGUAGUAAAGGGCAUAGCAUUAAACUUAGUUGAGCGCCUUAGUUUUUU